UGAAAGAACAGGGAGCCACCAGGGACACAGUCAGACUGUAGCACAGCCAGAAAGCUCACAGAGAACUUAAAGCUAUCUUCAGUUGCCCAAGUGCCCAUUUGUCUCCACGUUGCCUCCAAGUGAAGGCUAGCCUUCACUUUCUCUCUUCUACAUAAAAGCACCUGAAGCCACCUUUACUUCAAACUACAAAGAUGGAGGCCAUAAAGAAGAAGAUGCAGAUGCUGAAACUGGACAAGGAGAACGCCAUUGACCGAGCGGAACAAGCUGAGGCAGACAAGAAAGCGGCUGAGGACAAGUGCAAGCAGGUAGAGGAUGAGCUGGUGGCUUUGCAGAAGAAGUUGAAAGGAACAGAAGAUGAGCUGGAUAAGUACUCUGAAGCUCUGAAGGAUGCACAAGAGAAAUUGGAACAAGCUGAAAAGAAAGCUACAGACGCUGAAGGAGAGGUAGCUGCUCUUAAUCGCCGGAUCCAGCUGGUGGAAGAAGAGUUGGAUCGUGCCCAAGAGCGCCUGGCCACAGCUCUGCAGAAGCUGGAGGAGGCAGAGAAAGCAGCUGACGAGAGUGAGAGAGGUAUGAAGGUAAUUGAAAACAGGGCUAUGAAGGAUGAGGAGAAAAUGGAGAUUCAAGAGAUGCAGCUGAAGGAAGCCAAGCACAUUGCUGAAGAAGCUGACCGCAAAUAUGAGGAGGUUGCCCGUAAACUUGUCAUUCUGGAGGGGGAACUGGAAAGAGCUGAAGAACGAGCUGAGGUGUCUGAACUGAAGUGCAGUGACCUGGAAGAAGAACUCAAGAAUGUCACUAACAACCUGAAGUCCCUUGAGGCUCAGUCAGAGAAGUACUCUGAAAAAGAGGACAAGUAUGAAGAGGAAAUCAAACUUCUGACUGACAAGCUUAAGGAGGCUGAAACACGAGCUGAGUUUGCAGAAAGAACAGUCGCUAAACUGGAAAAGACCAUUGAUGAUUUGGAAGAAAAACUUGCCCAAGCGAAAGAAGAGAACUUGACUCUACACCGAACGCUGGAUCAAACCCUCAGUGAACUGGGCAGCAUAUAAAUCUCUGGGGGAAGCACCCCAACUCUGAAGGUCAAGAAAACCCUAUCAGUCAUGUUUGGAAUGGCAGCUUCUUUUCUGAACCCACCUCUCUUUCUUUCUUUAACAUCAUGCAAAGAGCAAAUAUGGGACCAAAUCUUUUCUUCCCCACCUUUAAAUAUUAAGGCUUUAGGCACAAACUGAAUGUAGGCUUUUGUUCUUACCCUGUCCCACAUUGUGAAACUGGAAAAGUUGUCUACUUGUAUCUUUUUUUAUGUGGGCCCUCCCAAAGGUGCUAGGCACAUUCAGUACUGGAAAAACACAAUCCACGUGAUGUGUUCUGUAUACAAUUGCUUAUUGCCAGUAGUGUGGUUUUCAUGGCAGUUUGCAGUGCAAAACACAUUUGCCCUAUGAUGAUGUGGGUGGAUUCUCUGUGGUAGUAUUUUUUCCUCGGUUUCAUUAAGCAAUGCCACAGAAUCUUUUCUGCCCUAGAUUCCUGGGCAUGAAUGUGAAUAAGGGAUAUUUCCUUGCAAAAAUGUAACAAAAGACAAAGUAGCCUGCACAUUCCAUAGGAAGUUCAAGGCUGGAAACACAUUUCUAUUAGUACAACUGGAAAAGGGAGAGUUCUCCCCGCCCCCCUGCCAUCCUUGCAUAUGCCCUCAGUAUCUCCUCCAGAGCAGAUAGGGGACAGGGGCACAGUAAGGGGGAGACACAGGGCUAAACUGUUCUCUUGUGUGAAUGGGCUUUCAUUUGCAUAGCACUGGAUUCCACGGUGGGUGCCUUAAUUAUAAAGGCUACAACUGUUUUUCUAGUUUACAGCAAUGUUCCAAAUAAUAUCCUUUUGGUUCAUCUCCUUGAAGAUUUCAGAUGCAGGGAAAAAACCCCCCACAUUUUCCUAUUGGUCUACUUCAGUGUGCUCUGAUAGGAAAAGAGUUGCUUGUGUUUUUUACUUCUGUAUUUAUUAAAUUCUGCAAGGUGGGGAAAAAUUACCCAAAUCAAUCUGUAUUAAAUCUUUCUGGCUCCUGUAAGUGUAUCCUGUAACAUGAUUUUUGAUCUAAUAAUAAUUUUUUAAAGUACA